UAAGCAAGGAGGCAUGUUUCAGUUUGAGAGAGAGCUGCAAUUUUCAGACUUGACCUCAAGUAGUUGGUACUGUAGCAUUGUCAAGUCGUGACAUUUCAGGGCUUCGGGGCAAAAUAAGUCGUAGGGUUACCAAAUGGGAAUUUAAAAGUGGUGAUAGUCUGCUGACUUCCAAUCUCGUGUUAUUUACUAAAAUAUCAAGCUGAGAACCUAGAUCUUCAGUCACUGCUGUCCCCAAAGCGCCCCUCGUGUCCGCCUCCAAGGCACAGGUGGAGGAGCCAUGCCCACUGGUUCUGCUGCAAGUGAUGCUGAGGACUAUGAGACAUGUCACAGAAGGAGUGCCACCGCUUUGGAGAGGACCGCACGGAAGAUUACCUGCUAUAAUCCCAAUCAGUAUUCGGAUGAGGAGUUGGAAGAUGACGGUGUGGAGGGGAGCAUGGAGCAUGAGCGCAAACUCUCCAAGGCGCACCAGAGGGAAGCGCGGCAGUCGCAGAGAAACGCGGCCAACGCCAGGGAGAGGGCGCGGAUGAGAGUGCUGAGCAAAGCUUUCUCCAGACUAAAAACCAGCCUGCCCUGGGUACCAGCGGACACCAAAUUGUCUAAAUUGGACACGCUUCGACUCGCCUCGAGCUACAUCUCUCACCUGAGACAGCUUCUGCAGGAUGACCGAUACGAGAACCGCUUUGCUCACCCAGUCAAUCUGACCUGGCCAUUUAUGAUGACAGGGCGAUCAGAGGACAGCCAAGACAUCUCAUCCACUGUAAGACUAUGUGGAGCAACAGCAUAGGACUCCCUUCUUGAAACACCAGCUUUGGUUCUUGUAGAGCGUGCAGAAGACAUAAAAGGCUGACCCCUCCUGUCCAGUGCCCAUCUUUGGAAAAGUGUCAGCAUAAUAGUGGCUCCAUGUGGCACCAUGAAUUGUGUAUUUCAGAGCAUGUCAGUUAGAACAAUAACAGUACUCCAAGUUUGUUUUCAGAUAUAUUUUCUUGUGUGCAUGUUUGCUGUAAUUAGUGUUAUGGCAUGUUUACACUGUGUGUAAGCUCAUUUAUAUUGGAUUUAAACUCUGGAUUUGGAUUUUACAAACUUCAGUCCCACUGCUUGUGUUGUCAUUUUAUUGACUAUUGGACAGUGUUACAUAUAUUAUGGUUGAUCACAAAACCUUACUGAUGUACAAUACAGUUUGGGGAGCUCUGCCUGUAUACAGCAGCCGUCUGUCUAGUAUUCUUAUCUGUAUAGAUUCGGGUGCUUUUGACAGGUCUUAGAGUGCAUUUCACAAACUCACCUCACAACUCAAAAUGAUGUCUGUUUUGCUGCUUUGACUAGACUAUAUUGCAAUCGCCAAGCUAAAAUGUGCCGCAAGCAGAUAUUGUAGAUCAGCAGUAUUUAUUGUGUUUGUGAUAUGUUUGUCCUUUAAUAUGUUUGCAUUUCAGAUAAAAAAAAGUUUUACUAAUAA